AUGUUUCAGGGUAAAGGUCUGUUUGCUAAAAGGAGCAUCAAGAAAGGAGACAGCAUUUUCAUUGAGCGUCCCCUCGUCUCUGCUCAGUUCCUGUGGAAUUCUUUGUACAAAUAUAAAGCCUGUGAGUUCUGCCUACGUGCUCUGGAGACGGCGGAGGAGAAUGCGAGGAGACUCAGCGGAAUCCCCGGACUGAGCCUUCCUCACCCUGAGCUGUGCCGGGUCCGACCAGAGCUGCACCAGGCCUGCCCCCAGUGCCAGGUGAUGUAUUGUAGCAGCGAGUGUCGACAAGCUGCAGCAGAUCAGUACCAUCGAGUUUUGUGUCUGGGUUCGUCCCAGGACGAUCCAGAUCAUCCAAUCAACAAGCUGAAAGACGCAUGGAGGAGUUUGCAUUAUCCUCCUGAGACCUCCAGCAUCAUGCUCAUGGCCAGAAUGGUUGCUUUAGUCAAGCAGGAUAAAGACAAAGCACAUUGGCAGAAGCUCUUCUCUCACUUCUGCAGCCGGACAGCGAACGAGGAGGAGGAGAUCGCCCAUAAGCUCCUGGGAGAAAAGUUCAGAGGACAGCUGGCCUCGUUACACGGCCUUUUCAGAGCAGCACUUUACGAUGAGCAUCUCAGUCGGUGGUUUGUUCCUGAGGGUUUCCGCUCUCUGUUCGCUCUGGUGGGAACUAACGGACAAGGCAUCGGCACCAGCUCCCUCAGUCAGUGGGUCCAUGGCUGUGAUGCACUGGAGCUUCCUGCCCAGCAGAGGGAGCAGUUGGACUCCUUUAUUGACCAGCUGUACAAGGACAUUGAGAAAGAAACGGGAGAUUUCCUGAACUGUGAGGGCUCCGGACUGUUUCUGCUUCAAAGCUCAUGUAACCACAGCUGCUCGCCCAACGCCGAGGCGUCCUUCCCCGACAACAAUUUCCUGCUUCACCUCAGUGCCCUCAGUGACAUCAACCCAGGAGAGGAGAUCUGCAUCAGUUACUUGGACUGUUGUCAGCGGGACCGAAGCCGUCACAGCAGACACAAAACCCUGAGGGAGAACUACCUGUUUGUCUGCUCAUGUCCAAAGUGCGUCUCCCAGAUGGACGAGCUGGAUGUGACAUCAGAGGAGGAGGAGGAAGAAGAAGGCGAGGCAGAAGGUGAAACAGAGGGGGACGAGAUAGAGGAUGAGAUGACAGAUGUCUGAUGAAAGACUUGCCUGUAUUGUUCUCAGCCGCUCCUGCCACCACGCUAAGAGGCUACGAAGCCCGGAAGAAUAAAGAGCAGUUCAAACCAUGAUCUGCAUUUCAACAGAACUGCUCGAGCUUCCUGUUAUCAACACAUUUCAGUCACUUUGUUUAGUUACUGAGGGCAGCAACAGAAAGGUUCAUGUGUGUAGUGUGUGUCAGUGUUGGGACAAAGUGUUUCUUCUGUUCUGGCUCUACCUAAACACACUGAGGUUUUAAAUACUUCAGAGAUCAUGAGAUGUAAGUGCAGACUUUCAAGUUUCAGGGUUUUUGAAGUUCACAUCCACUUUGGGUUUCUAGUAUCAGAUUAUAUGUUUAAAAGGAAGACAAAAAUCUCCAUGGAGACGAUGGGAACUGGUGGCAGCGUUUCCCCCAACCUUGGAUUCCACUGGCUAUUGUCUGACAAAGAAUUAGGCUCUGGGGGUCGAUGGCCAAUAUUUUGGGUCUUCCGACGUAGACAGCGGGGAGGAGACUCCCUCUUCUGUUCACCAUGCACUAUUAACAGUCCAAUUCUUUUCUUCAAUCACACGAGUCGAAGUUUCCCCACAAACUGUGGUACUUUAUCCAGGCAACAUUUUAGCUCAAACCCCAAACCUUAAAACUAACUCUAAUUAUAAAGGCAACAGCUGACGCAUCCCUUUUACCUGUGGGAAACCAAAGCCGCUCAAGUGUGAUUGGUCGAACCAGGAGGAAACCCUCACCUACAGAUUCUGCGUCUUCACAAUCUAGGUAUAGAGGUUAGAUCCCCCAGACCAGUUUGCAUUCAGAGAUGCAUGAAUUGGAUGAACCUACAACAAAUCUGAGCGACUGGACGUGCAUCGUAGCGUAUCAACAAAUGCUGCAAGUACAAAAAUAAACUGUCCAGUCUGUUUCACUGUCUCGCAAUUGUGUAAUUAAGAGAUUUUGUUAGCAGGCGCCAUUUUAUCUUCUGCUCCUAAAUGAUUGUGAUUGGCCCAAGGAGUUUCAGGAGGCAUGUAAAUCAUUCUGAACGGGAGGAGGGGGAGUCGAACUCAUCUGUAAGAGCAAAUAGACGAGAUAAAUGAUCGGCCUGGUUUCCAGGUUGGGGGACUGCAGUCGCGUGUUAACACGAGUCUGUCACAUCGAACGUCUCGUUAUAUUACAGCCACUCAUGGUCAGUUAGUGCAAUGGAGAUUUAGAGCAACUUUAAAGUUGGAAGUCAGCACUCUCCAUAUGUUGUUGUGUCAUUUGAAAUCCAGUGUAGAGGAGAACAGAUCCAGACUCACUGACUUCACCGUGUCUGACGUCCAGCUCCACUAAAAACACCUCGGUGAUCAUUUCCUGUUCCUGUAAACUCGUAAACAAAGCAACGUGAUUAAACAAAGAGGAAUCUGUUCUCAGGUGUUUUUUGCUCAACUUGUAAUAAGUUUCUUACCAGACUAUGCACGUUGUUCUGAAGAGGCUUUUAAUUUAUAUUCCUAUGUAAUUACACUCCUGUCACAUGAGUUAUCCAGCCACUAAAAUAUACUUUGAUUUUCAUAGCAUGAUCUAUGGAGGUGAAGUUAAACCUUCCUUAAUGUAUUAUGGAGACCUUGAGUGGAAAAUUGCUUUGUCAGUAACUGUUUGCCCUUUGUUGAGAACUGUAUUUCAAGCCGCGGUUCCGCAUGGGUGAAACUGCUGCUGCCGCCCGCACAUGAAUCAAUAUCACAAAAAUGACUGUAAUCACAAAUCCCAAUGUUUUCAGUUACUCCGCAAAGAUUGGAAAUAUCGAAAGAGCAAUCCCAAUUUCUCUCUCUCUCUCUCUCUGCAUCCAGCUCGAUGGCACGGGGCCACUUGGCAUUGUAAGUCAAACAAGUAUAAUUUAAAUAUUACAACAGCAGCAAACAGAAGCCUUGCAGUUGUCGUUUUUACUACUCUGGCAUAAACCAUUGAAAUUG